AGUAAUUUAGAGUAGCAUUGUACCAUGAUACAUUGGUUUCAUCAAAUGUAUCAUUAGAUUUUUGGUAAUAGUUAUGAUAAAAGCUACAAAAACAACGGCGAGAAUAAAAAACUCAUCUUUUUUAGAGUAGAAAUCCAAAAGAAGAGAGUUAUACUGAAAAAGUUCCAAAGGUGUUCUUUGGAAAACACUUUUUAACAAAUAAUUAUAGAAGUCCAAGAGACCUCUUUUUCCUUCCUUUUUAUUUAUAUCGAUUCUAACCUCCCCAAAUCUAUUAUUUUCCGUUUUAUUUUCUUUUAAAAAAUAGUCAAAAAUACAAUAUAAUAAUAUAUAUAAAUAUGGCCGAAUUUCAUACAACAUUCCUCAUCCUCAUCCAAGUUCUUAUCUCGAAACCUCUUGCAUCACUAACACUCCUCUCAAUCAUAAUAAUAUCGUUAGCUUCUUAUUAUGCCGCUGACCCUUGGAAAAAACCAGAAGCUCGAGAAAAGGAUCAAGAGUCAGGAAAUGUAAUACAUUUAACAGCAAAACAUGCGAUCGGUUUUGGUGGAAUAGCAAGUUUAGGUCUUCUCAGCAUGUUCUUGUUUCCGAAUGCAAUCGUAUAUUUUAGUCUUGUAUCUUUUGGGCUUGGUGGGUUUUUUGGAUUACAGAGUGUUCUUGUAGCCGUUUCUAGAAAACUCGCCUUGCCACUUUCAGGUGGCUUUUUAGAAACCCUGCUGGCAGGUGGCAUAGUGAUUUGGUGGGUGCUUAUAAGAAAUAGCAGCGAAGCAUGGAUAUUACAAAAUUUUUUAGGAGGUUUCGUAAUAGCUUUGAUGUUAAAAGUUCUCAAAUUACCGGAUUUACAGAUAUCAUCGAUUCUACUUCUUUCCGCUUUUUUUUAUGAUAUAUUUUGGGUUUUCAUUUCGCCAAAUUUCACAUCAAAUGGCAAAUCGGUCAUGGAAUCCGCAGCAACAGGUUCCGGAUUGACAGUGCAUGAACAAGUGCCAAUGGUAUUUAGAAUUCCGCUUAGAGAUGAUCCUUCAUAUGGAUAUGCUAUGUUAGGAUUUGGCGAUAUUAUUUUACCUGGAAUGUUUUUAACUUUGUUAAGAGAAGUUGACGUGAGGUUAAAAGCACACUGGAUAUCUUUAGUGCCUCAAAGCCCAAUGCCUCUUAAUAUACCUACACCUAUGGUUAUAGUGGAUAGUGUUGAAGGAGAAAGAACUGAAAUAAUUUUUGACGGAGGAGAAGAAAAUAAUUAUUAUUUUGAAAAUAAUAGUUUUGCUUUUAAUCAUUCAACAAAUUGGAGAAAAAAUAAUUUAUGGCAUAGAUCAGUUUCAUCAUUACCAUCAUUAUGGACAUAUCAUUUUACGGGGUUAAUUGGUUAUUUUAUUGGGUUAGAAAUGACUUUUAUUGCAAUGUUAUUGACACAAAUGGGACAACCUGCUUUAUUAUAUCUUGUGCCUUCAAUAUUGUUACCGGUUCUUUUAUUAUCUUUAAAAAGAAAAGAAUUUUAUCUUAUAUGGUAUGGCAGAUUUUGGGAAAACGAUGAUGAUGAAAAUAUGAAUUAUUUAAGUUUACCUCAACAUGACGAGCAACAAGGUCUUAUAAGACAUGUAUGACAAUGAAUAUAAAUUGGUUUCUCUUUAUUAAUAUUUACAAAAAAAAAAAAUAAUUUUUUAAUUAGUUUAUUAUAUAAAUAUUAUAAUAUUUAUUCAAUUCUCAAUUCUUUUUGAGCAACCAAAAUAAUUUUAGUUUUUUCAAAAGAAUUCUUUUAAUGUGUAUAUUUUUCCUUUUCCCCCUUUUUCUA